GAGUACCUAGGUAGCAACGUAACAUUUGCAGUUCUUACAUAGAUAGGUAUUCUUAGUUGCCGUACUUGAAAUUGUCAUAGCCGCUAUAAGAAAUCUGCUGUCAGCCUUACUUCAGGUUAACUCCUUCCUCAAAUCCAAAGAAUGUUCUCUCCAACUUAUAGCCACAGUUCUUCAGUCAUAUCACACCUUGCUACCCAGAAAUAUAGAGCUCUUUUCUAUGUCCAAGCCUCUAAUCCUGGUCCAAGAGGGUUGGUAUAGAUUCAAAGCUGCAGUUGAGAAUGGCCUCCCAAUUUAACCUAACCGCCCUCAGAGGAACUCCCCUGGAACAACUGGAAACGACGCCACUUAUGGCACCGCCGCCUGGUUUUCAUUCAAACUUCAUCAACCCUCCCUCCCAAUCGACUAGGAUUUUGAUUAUCACAGGAAUUACAGUGCCUUUGAUUUUCAUAUUCGCGGGGCUACGCAUAUAUGUUCGGAUUAUGAUCAAUGGAGUGUUUACCAUGGACGACCACUUAUGUAUACUCUCUGCUUUCCUUUCCAUGGCAUAUACUGGCUUAACUCUUGCAAUGCUCGAUACCCCUGGGAAAGGGCCAGCUGGGCCACACAUGUGGGACGUUCCUCUGAUACGUAUAACGGACAACUAUCUCAGGGAAACACUGGCUACUUCAUGUCUAUUCGCAAUCGCCUCGACGACCGUUAAAACAUCAAUUCUCAUAUUUUUUGCCAGGCUCUUUGGUCGUUUCAGAUCUGCGAGACUUAUGUCCUGGUCGGGUACCGUGAUUGUUACUUUGUUCUACACCGCCUGGAUUAUUCCGUCUCUACCCCUUUGCGUCACGAAUUUGUCGACAUCACAAACUUGCUCGAAGUUCAUCUCGGAUAUGUCGCUUGCUCAUGGAAUCUUUAGCACGUUCUCCGACUUCUAUAUUCUUUUUAUUCCCAUAUAUAUGAUCUCACACAUCCAACUCUCUCCGCGGAAACAAUACGGCGCUAUUGGCAUUUUCCUCACGGGUUUGGCGUAUACUCUCCGCUUUCCAGAACCAUACAUUUUCUAGGCAGCAACACUAAUAUUUUCAAGGGCAUGUGGCACAUCUAUAGCUGGCACAUACUACCGUUUCCAAUUUUCACGAUCUACUGAUUUAACAUGGACAACGGUUCCAGUCUAUGCCACGGUGUAAGUGAAACCCCGAUAUCUAUAUGAGGCAGGCCCUGCGGCAGUAUGUCACUAAGCAUCUUGCAGCAUACUCGAGUUAAACAUUGGCAUCAUCUGCGCCUGCAUGCCGGUCGUCUUCAUACUGUUCAAAAGAGGUACUCGGAGUGUUAAAAAUCACUGCUCGGCCGGGCUUCGAACGCUCACCGGGGGGGCCCUGGGCAAAUCCGGCGGAGAUGAAAUCAUUAUGGGAGAUAGGAAUAUGCCAUGUAGACCACGCGCAACCAUAGUUGGCGUGCGUACUGUCGUGCAUCAGGUUCAUUAUGAGAAUACGACUGCAGGUAGUCGCUGGGCAAAUACUUAUGAUUCACUUGAAUCUGCAGAUAAUGACAAUGCCGCCCCAACAACACAUGAAUACAGGCCAUACGAUGUGACAAUCACAGCAGGAUGAUCUCAUCCCGAGGGGGGUGUACGCUGUGGGUAAGAUCCCGAGGUAACAAAAAGGUCAAGGCUGAUAUCUCGUCAUUGAUAGACAUAUAGAUAGCGUUGUUUAACAAUAAAAACUCUUAAUAAUUUUUA